UGGAAAUCAAGUCGGAUAGAUUCAGUUUCUUGCCCCGGCUUGCCGUUGUCGCAGGCUUUGAUGCCAGAGGUCGCAUCUCGCAUUACGAUGUGGUGGCGGGACGGAGCACCUCUUGCGACGCAUCCCGCGUUCGGCGUGUCCAAGCGGUGCAGCAGGUGAUCCAGAACUGGCGCCAGGGGUUCGCGCCGGAAUUCCGUUUGCAGUACCAUCGGCCUCUGCGAAGAGAGCCGGCUGUCGCAGGGGCGACGGGAGCUGCUCAAGUGCCUGCGGGAGAUUGCUGCGUCUUAGUUCCCAGAGGGAUUGGGCCGCCAUGCGCGGCAGGUGGUGCACAACUGCCGCCGGGGGUGUGUGCGGAACGGGCGCCACGGGUGUGCCCAGGCUGCGAGAGGGCCGCGGCGCGGCUCGGCAGUUACCACGAUGCCGGGUCGCGCUGCUCCGCGCGAUUGCCCGGCGUGGGUGAUGGAUGCCCUCACCCCGCCCGCUCUGGAACCACGCGCCGGCCCGCAUCGGGCUGGUGGGGGCAUGCCCAGGUUUUCGCCGGCCAAUCCGGCUUUCGGGAUGCGGUUCUCCCCCGCGUCCAAUCCGUCCCGCUGGCGGGGUGCUAUGGCGGCCGCGGGGCAUUGAGAUUUUCACGGCGCCGCGCCCCCGUGCUGCCCUGCUGCUGUAGCGCCGUUCGUGUGUGCGUCUCGGUCCUCGGGCAUUGCUCUGCUGCGAACCGGAAGACCUUUGUCCUGCGGCUGCGAUUCCUUGUGCGGACGAUAGUAACCGGACAGCAAUUUUUCCGCCUUCUGCGACAAGACUGCCUUAGAUGA